GGCAGGUGUAGCGGUAGCAGGGCCCGGACCGGCUGGGACCCCGGGAAUGGCUGGGGGCGUGGGGCCCAGGCUCAGGGACUUCCUGAGUGGGAGCCUGGCCACCUGGGUGCAGGGCCUGGCAGGCCUGGUUGGGGAGGGGCAGCAGGAGGAAGAUGGGGAGGAGGAAGAAGACCUGCCUCUGGCUCCUGAGGACCGCUUCCUGAGGCUCAGUGACGGCACUCUGCUGCACCGGGUCAUGGGGCUCAUAGCCCCCAGCUCCCGAGGGAGUCUCCACCUGGGCGGAGUUCAGGGGGGCCCUGGGGCUUGCCGGGCUCGGCGCCUGAGCCACCUGCAGGCUCGACUGAGAGAUUUCUACCAGGAAGAACUGCAGCUGCUGAUCCUGGCGCCGCCCCCAGACCUCCAGAUGCUGGGCUUGGAGCCGCUCUCAGAGGAAGCCAUAGAGGAGCUGGAGGGGAUCCUAAAGUUGAUGCUGGGGGCUUCUGUGCAGUGUGAGCACCGGGAGCUCUUCAUCCGGCACAUCCAAGGACUGAGCCUGGGCGUGCAGAGCGAGUUGGCGGCCGCCAUCCAGGAGGUGAGCCAGCCGGGUGCGGGCGUGGUGCUGGGCCUGGCCGGGCCCGAGCCGGGGGAGCUGGCGGGCCCGGAGCUCGAGCUGCUGCUCCGGAGUCACACGGAGGCUUUGGUGAAGCUGGCGCGGGAGCGGGACCGGGCCGCCCAGCGCCUGGCAGAGACGCUCCAGGAGCAAGAACUGCUCUCCCUCCAGCCAGAGACCCCCAAGCGGGGCCCUCAAGAGGGCCCCCCCCACCACCUGACUCUGCAGCUGGCAGAUGCCAAGGCCCAGCUCAGGAGGCUGAGGCAGGAGCUGGAAGAGAAGGCUGAGGAGCUGUUGGACUCCCAGGGAGAGGUGCAGGGGCUGGAGGCUGAGAUUCGGAGGCUGCGGCAGGAGGCGCAGGUGCUGUCGGGCCAGGCCAGGAGAGCCGCCGUGUACCGGGAGGAGGCAGAGACGCUGCGGGAGCGGGCCGGGCGCCUGCCCCGGCUGCAGGAGGAGCUGCGCAGGUGCCGGGAGAGGCUCCACGCGGCCGAGGCUUAUAAGGGCCAGCUGGAGGAGGAGCGGGCCCUGUCGGGAGCGCUGGAGGCUGCCCGCGCGUUGCUGGAGGGGCAGCUGGACGCCGCCCGGGAGCGCUGCUCUCGUCUCCACGAGACCCAGAGGGAGAACCUCUUGCUGCGGGCCCGGCUCGGGGAGGCCCAAGUGGAGUUGGAAUCCACCCGACAACAGCUGGACAAGCUGGUGGAGGAGAACGUGGAGUUGGAGGCGGAGUUGAGCCGGACCUUGCAGCCCUGCCCCUGCUCUCCGGGGGAUGCGCCCCAGCCUUUCUGGGCCCCCUCCUUGCAGGACGAAGUGAGAGCAGUAGAGGCAGGACGCCUGCGGAGCUUGGAGCAGGAGAACCGGGACCUGCGAGAUCAGCUUCAGGAGCUGAAGGCAGCGAGAUGGAGCCAGCCUCCCUUGCCUGAGGUGGAAGAUGAAGAAUCAGAGAUCACCAGACUGGAGGAAACCCGUCAGGUCUUGGGGCCUUCGGGCAUUGCUCAUGGCCAUGAAAAAUCCCUGCCAGUUGCAGAAGGGCCAGUGCUCCAGUGCUCUGGGCCCUUACACUCCACAGGGGCCCAGGCGAACGCCUCUGGGGAGGCAGAGAAGCCAGUCCGAGCUCAGGACCCGGACCCUUUGUCCUUGACCCCACCGCACCCAGAAGGGGAGCUUGUCCAAGAAGAGCUCCAAGGGAAAAGGCUAGAAGGGGAACUGGAGGCUGAGGCCGGGGACUUGAAAAGGAGGGUCUUAGAGCCCAAGCAUAAACCCUUGGGACUGAGGCAUGAGGGGCAGCCAGGGGACCAGCCUCCCAGUCCAAAGCCGGAGACGAUGGAGGGAGAUGAGGAACAUGGAGGAAAUGAGUCCCUGGUCCAAGAUCAGAGACCAGAGUGCAAGCUCCAGGAUGAGAAAGAGUCAUUUCAAAAGGGGACAGUAGAGGAAGCUGGGGCCUGGGAAAGGGAACAGCAGGCUCUGAAAAUGGAGAUAGAGAUUCUGAAGAGGGCUACGGAGGCUUUGGAGAAGGAACGGGAAUCUUUGAAGGGAGAGGUGGAGGCUGGGGAGCAGAGGCUGAAGGCCUUGAAGGGGAAACAUGAAGCUCUGAGAGAAGAGCAAGAGAUCCAGGGACAGAGGCUGGAGGCUCUGGAAAGGGAGAUAGAGAGCCUUCAGCAGGAGCGGGAAGCCCUUCGGGGUGAGCUGGAGGCCCAGGGGAAGAGGCUGGAGGCCCGGGGAGAGGAAGCUGCCCGACUUGGGGAGGAGCUGGCUCUGGCCAGGAGGGCUGAAGCCGAGGCACACUCUGAGGCUAAAGCUGAGGCUCAGGAACGAGAUGGGCUUCGGGAGGCCCUAGAGGCUGCUGGGCGAGAGUUGGAGGCUGCUGGGCGGGAGCGAGAGGCUCUGGCAGAGGCUCUAGGAGCUGCUGGACGGGAACGAAGACAAUGGGAACGGGAGGGACCCAGGCUGCGGACCCGCGCAGAGGUUGCUGAGCAGAAGCUGCUGGAUCUGGAGAGUGAAGCACGAGCCUUGCGGGACCAGGCUGAAAAGGAGCGGCAGGUGAUGGAGACAACGAGAGAGGAGCUGCAGGGGAGAGUGGUCGAGAGUCAGCAGCUGAAGAGCCAGCUGGAAGAGCUGCGCUCGGAGCUGGAGCGGGUGACUCAGGAUCGGGACAAGCAGCUGAGAGAGCAGGAGAAGCAGCAGGAGAGGGCGUCCCAAGCUCUGCAAAAGCGUCUGGAAGAAGAGACUCGCGUUGCUCUCGCUGCCAAGGACGAGGAAAUGAUGGCUCUGAAGGCCAGGAUCCAAGGCCUGGAGGAUCAGCUCCAGCAACAGGCUUCCUUGAGGCUGAAGGCAGAGGACCCCCCUGGGCCAGGGAGAGCGGCAGAGGCCCCCGCUGCAGCCGAGGCGGCCCAGGAGACCCUGAGUGGGCGGCUCAUCACGGUGGAGCGCAGUAACGCAGCCCUAGCGGCCGAGAAGGCUGCUCUACAGGGGCAACUGAGGCAGCUGGAGGCCCAGCUGGGGACUCUGCAGGGCCGGGUCCAGGAGUUGCAGCUGCAGAGCAGUCGGGCUCAGGAGCACAGCAGCCACCUCCAGGCAGAGAAAGCUGUGCUGGAGCAACAGAGCCAAGAGUUAAGGGAGAGACUGGGGGCUUUGGACACGGAGAUACGAGGGGCUCGGCGGGAACAGGAGGAGAAGUUGGUCCAGCAUCAGGCGCUGCUAAGGGACCACGAGGCUUUGGGGCGACUGCAGCAGCGGCAGGAGGCAGAGCUGGAGGGCCUCCUGGGCCGCCAUCGGGAGCUGAAGGCCUCUUUGAGGGAGCUGGAGCUGACCCACAAAGAGCUGCAGGGCAGGCACGAACAGCUGCAGGCCCAAAGGGCGCAGGUGGAGGCCCAGGCGGUGGUUCUGCAGGAAGAGCGGGAGAAGCUGGCCCAGGACAGGCUGCACCAGCGGGGCCUGGAGGAGGAGCUCCGGCGGCUGCAGAGCGAGCACGAGAGGGCCCAGGUGUCCUUGGCUGAGGCCUCCAGGGAGCGCGGGGAGCUCCAGGGCGAACGGGGGGAGCUGCGGGGCCGGCUGGCACGGCUGGAGCUGGAGCGGGCACAGCUGGAGGCCCAGGGCCAAGGCCUCCGGGAGGCCAACCAGAGGUUGGACCUCAGUGUCUGCCGGCUGACCACCCAGUGCCAGCUGCUGACCGAGCUGAGGGCCGCCCAGGAGGAGGAGAAUCGGCAGCUGCUGGCUGAGGUGCAGGCCCUGAGCCGGGAGAACCGGGGCCUCAUGGAGCGCAGCCUGGAGAGCCGGGACCACCUACACCGAGAGCAGCGCGAGUACCUGGACCAGCUCAAUGCCCUGAGGCGAGAAAAGCAGAAGUUGGUGGAGAAGAUUAUGGACCAGUACCGAGUGCUAGAGCCUGGACCCUUGCCCCGGACCAAGAAAGGCAGCUGGCUGGCAGACAAAGUCAAAAGGCUGAUGAGACACAGGAGGGAAGGGGGUCUCCAUGGAGGACCCCGACCAGGGGCCGAGGGAGCCGGCAGCACUGAGAGCUUGGGAAGCCCCCUGGACGUGGAGCCCCCUGAGGGCAGGGAAGCCAGUGAAACAGCUUCCCCAGGGCCUAUGCGCAGGGCCCAGAGCUCUCUCUCCCUCCGGGAUGAGACCUUGUCGGGUGGGCAGCGGAGGAGGCUGAGCUCCCGGCUCCCUUUGGUGAGGGGCUCUGAAUCCUUCAGCCCCGGGGAUUCCCCCCGCCAGCGGUUCCGCCAGCGUCGCCCUGGGCCUUUAGGGGCACCCAGCUCUGGAAAGAAAGGAUGGGAUGGCUCAGAUAACAUCUUGGAGGGACCAGAGCCUGCUGCUGACCAAGAGGGUCCUUUGGAGCAGGAACCCAAGAAGGCUCCCCUUAAAUCAUCCCUCAGUCAGUGAGCCGUGAUGAGCUCCGGAGCCCAUUAGACUGAGAGGCAGCAUAGAGCGACAUCCCAGAGCACCCGUGGCCACAGGGCUCCUGGCAUGGCUGGGGAUGGGAGUGGUCUCUGUGGUUGGCUUGGGCUGGGGCCUGAGGCCUGGGGAGAGGCUGCUGGGCCCACGUGCUUGGGCAAGGGUAACCUCGGGAGCACCCUUGGGGCCCCCUGGUCAUUGGAGAGGAGGGCAGGAGGGGCUGGAGUCCCUGAAGAAGAGCAACAUGGGAAGAAGAGGCGCCUUUGAGGAGAGGGCCCCGAGAUGAAGCUUGCCCAGCUUUGGGCUCCAUUCCUUCCUAUGGGAUUCAGCCCUUGUGUGUGAAGCAGUGCCCUGGGCGAGCCCCCUUUUCUGUUAUUUAAACCUUGGCUUUGUGUUUGGCAAAACAGGAAUAAAGCCUGUGAUUGAAGCGAACUCUGCCUCCGGCCUCUCC